AUGGAUGCGAUGAGAGGUUCCUCACCCCCGAAGAACCUUGUCAGCUCCGACUCCCCCGAGCAGUUGCUCGAUGCAUUCAAAGCUGCGGCAUUAUCCGUGACAAAGCUCUACAAGACCUCAGCUGCCGCCCAGGCCAAGUCGAGAUCCGAUGGCUACCAAGAUUGCCUGGAUGAUCUCCUUGCCUUCCUCGACAGGCGGCACUUCGGCCUGAGCGACGGAGAGGGAUGGCAGAUUAGACGAUGGGCCACCGAGCGCCUAGAUGGCAGAGACUCGGUCUCACAGAUUAUGGAGAGCGAGGACGAGACCGACAAGGCCGAAGCAGGAUCGUCGCCCGAACUUCACCGCCCGGGUGGUGCUAAUCACACGCCCGCCAUGCGAACCGAACCGCCGCCUGCUGCCCAGACACCCGCUGUCUCGCCCAUUGUCGAAGAACCGCCUACUAUCACCGUUCCGACUCAGGAUAAUUUCACUUUCCAAUCCUCACAUCCGUAUCCCCAAGACUCGUACCUCAAUCUGGCAAACCUCGACCUGUCUGACCCGAUAAGAUCGAACGACAAUACGACGCAAGCCCCUUCGGCGGUCUCGGUUCCUCACCCGACUCGGCCGCGUAGUACCAAGCGAGGACACAGGUCACGGAACACGACUACGAAUCACCUUGGCAAAGGCGCUGGUCAGAAGCGAUCGAUCAAUUUCGCCGAGCUGUUUGACGUGGGAGGGGUAGGUAAGGACAUGUUCGCAAGGGAAGGAAAGAGAAGUCGUCACACGUAA